UUCACACAGACACGACCAAAAUGAGGGUGCUGAUCGCUGUGGCGCUUCUGUGCGCGCUCGGCCUCCCGGGCUUGAGAAGUCAAUGCCCCGACCCCGGCUCCUUAAAAGACCCCGAGGGCACUAAGCUGUGCGCGCGGGUGUUUAUAGACAGUCACAAGAACAGUUCUCUGAGCUGCCUGGGCGAGCACAUGAACGUGUACCCCCAAGACGAUUACCCGAUGCUUUCGCGAAGUUGGAACGACCGCAUCUCCUCCCUGGUGGUGUCCCGGUUCUGCACUCUCACCGUCUGGUCACGGACGAAGAAGGAGGGGAAACGGCGGAAGUUCAGGGGAGGGGUCCAACCCCAUCUGAAGGACGUGCGCAUGGGCCUGCUCAGAAACUGGAAUGACCAGAUCUCCGCGUUUUAUUGCGCGUGCUAGCCGCGUCCAGACCCAGCGGACCGAAGAGGGACACGUGCAGAACGAAGAGAACAGGCAUAAUUGUGACUCGCGUGAAGAAUUAAAGAAAGGUUAAUGAAUGUGUGGCGACGUGCGCUGUGUGAUGGAAAUGCAUUAAAUGUCUGGAAACUGCACGUCUAGUUUAAUAAUAAAAAAUGAACAAGCAGAUGAUUGCUGACGGAAA